CGCUGACUGUGACUUUAAGCUAUAAAACAAAUCGUUUUUUAACUUAAAUUUGUGUUUACUCCCCUUUUUCCCUCCUGACUGAACUCUUCUCGCUGGUCUUCCAAGCUGCUGUUAUCAGUAAAUGUAUGUGGAUUAUACGAAAUCACCCUUCAUUGAUAUACAAUUGCCAUCAGCUAUUGUUGUACCAUCGUACUUCCUUAUAGUGUUGUACAGUGCGAUUUUAUAUGCAGACUACUAUCUGUUCCGUUAUGAACACCGGCUACAUCAUUUUGUAUCUCCAAAACAACUGCGACUAGUCAUCAUUAUUUACCAUAUCCUUAUACCCAUGAUAUUUGUCUCCAAAUACCCGCAUUACAACCUUCUAUUUGCGGCAGCGCCUUGGUUUUUGGCUGUCUACACAGCAUCCCUGCCGCCUGAAAAACUCUCAUUUCAGAAUUGGAUUCAGGAAAUGAUCAAUAUUACGAUUGAUAAGACGAAGGAUAAGACAACAAUUCAGCAGCAGCAGCAGCAGGAGGAGGAAAGUAAGCUUACGCGCGAGACACGAAUUCGGCUAAAAGGUCUCCAAAAAGUUGCUUUGGGCUUUUUCAAAUUGGCAUUUAUGCAUGUGAUUGUCAAUCCAUGGUUGCCUACCUAUGGUAGUGACGCGUUAGAAUAUGCUUGGCUGCACCCAUUAAGCGUCAUAUAUACUCUCCUUUAUGGCAUCAAGGCAUACUGUUUUUUGGGCGCUAUUGACAUAUUCAUGGGCGCUGAACAAGCCAUUUUCUCUUGGGAUAUGGUCGAUUUAUUUGAUAGUCCUAUCUUGUCGGCAAGUCCGAGAGAUUUUUGGAGUCGUCGAUGGAAUAAGGUUAUUCGUAACUUGUUGCAUGAACAUGUGUUCACAGGGAAAAGCCGUUGCGAAGAUAACAAGAUAGCAGAUUGGGAAGCGUCUGCGUCAGUCACAACACUAGAACCUGCUAUCAUUGAAGAUACCAAAAAAUCAAAAACGAAAACAGUUGCAAGCACAACAAAAAGAGUAACGCGUAGUACAUCAAAAAUUACGUCUAAUCUUGGCAUGGGCUCUGAUUUAACAAAUCAAGGUGUUCAGGAGUCGCUUGUGAAAUUGCAGCAAAAACCUCACAAGCAGCAAACCAGGAAACUCAGACAUCCACAGACUCUAGCGGAACAUUCCACAUAUAGAAGCAUUGAAGGAGUAAACGCAUUCAAUGAACGGUGGAAGUGCCUAUGGGGUUCUAGACGCAUGCGUGGUUUGUUAUCAUUCAUUAUCAGUGGUGUCUUUCAUGAACUUAUUAUUAUGAGUACGUGUAGACAUAUAACAUUAGAGAACCUAUUAUUUUUCACCUUGCAAGGCGUGGCCGUCAUGUUGGAGUUAGAAACUCGUACGAUGAUACAACCUCAUGAGGAAUUGGAUCUUAGACGACGUGUACCUCGUAUAAUGUUGCAACUGUUAUUCAUGGCAAUCACUGGCAGACUAUUCACCGCACCCUUCCUUAAAUAUAAUUUUCUUGCUCCCAACUUUAGUCACGUAAAAUAUGCAUUUUAGCCAUUUUAUCAUAAAAAAGUCUGCAUUCAACUUUAGCUUAUACGCUUAUUUUCAUAUACUUACCUAUGAUAAAACUUUAAAUUGCCAGUUAGACUUUACAAGAAAAUUGAAGCAACGGAUAAACGUACUUCAACAAUUAAUCAGUAAGCGAUAUUUUCCGUGGUUAGAGAGACGAGAAAGUAUAAGCAUUUCAUUUCCUGUUUGAACGGCCGGCUUUCUUACUAUAUCCAUCCUUUCAUAAAUACCAUAAGCCCUCCUCCUCCUUCUCGGUUUCUAAAUAAUAUCUAUAGUUCGCUGAGCCACAGUAAAUGAUGAAUCAUUCCCGACUUUAGCUUAACUUAUGUAUAAACAUCACGGUUUUGGCAUAUAUAGUAUCUGAUUGAAAAAAAUUAUUUGACUGAUUUCGAG